AGAGAGAGAGAGAGAGAGAGAGAGAGGCGGAGAGAGAGAAAGAUAGACACCGAGAGUAUACAAAGACGAUCACGAGCAACGAACAAGGAGGAAAAGAGGUGAAGGAAAAAAUCGCGAGGAAACAGCGGGGGAAGUAGAAAAGAAGGAGAGAAAAGAGAGAGGAAAGGCAUAGAAUAAAUAUCGGACGAGGAAGUCGUGCGUGAAUUGCGAUCAAUCGAGAUUGUAUGGUUCAAUCGGCGAAAUCGAAACGACACCGGCGUGACACCGCCACUAGCGGUCUAUGCAGAACGAGACUGAUCGAAUACAAGCGAAACUCUUGAAAGGACCAUCAGGCUAUUACACGGAAAAAAAACAACUUUCUUCAGAUUCAAGCAUUAAAUAACUGGAGGAAUAUGUGAUCGAAGAGUUGCACGAUAAAACUGAACGAAGCGUUUCUUGAGAACGAGAAAUACGAUGUGAUAAGCGAACUGAAAUAGUUGCUUUGGAGAACAUUGUAUUCUUAUUGUUAACUUAGUGACUCCGGGAAACAGGACUGGCGUUUUUGCAUAUUUGGAUUUUCAUUUUAUUUCAGUGAGAUGAACCAACAGUGCAGGGUAUGCGACGAGCCCGCAGCGGGUUUUCAUUUCGGGGCCUUCACGUGCGAGGGUUGCAAGUCAUUCUUCGGUCGCACGUAUAAUAACCCCACUAGCGUCUCGGUAUGUAAGAACGGCGGCAACUGCGUAAUUAACAAGAGGAAUCGGACGGCUUGCAAAGCCUGCCGAUUAAGGAAAUGCCUAAACGUCGGCAUGUCCAAAUCGAGCUCGCGUUACGGGCGGCGUUCCAAUUGGUUCAAAAUCACUUACUUUUCCGAGCAGAUGAGGCUAAAUAAUCGAACCACGAACGAGAUUCCAUGUCGGCCUUCCGGCAUCGCCACACCCUUCCGUUUAAAUUAUCCACCGCAAAGUGAUGGCAGUAAUGAGACGGACGGCCCGUCGACCAGUCAAGAAAAUCUGGCGGCAUCUCAAUAUUCAUACAACGCACCAACGUUGCACAGACCAGACGGAUCGCCUCGUCCCGACGACAUGGCUUUGUACCAUCAAUAUUACCUGCACCGUUUGUACUUGGGAGAACACCAGCCACAACUACCGUCCGUCAUAUCUCCAUCCACGUCGAGGGAAGUCUCAUCGUCGCCACGUGAUAAUCCUUCGCCGCGACAACGAAGUCCGUCCGCAGAAAGUUCCACGAUGUUCACUCAGGGGACAUCGUUUUACCCGUCGGAUCCUUACCGAUCGCCCAUCGCGGCGGAAUCAUCACUCUCGAGAAAUUACGUAAGACACGUCGACGGAUCCGACAGCGACGAGGACGAUCGUCUUCGUGACGUACAGUCCAGGAGCAGCUCGAGUCGAUCGCCGGUCACGCCCUCGAGAACAAACGAGCAAGAGUCGUCCAAACCUAAAGUAUCGAUCAACGGUAUGCUCAUGUUCGCGGGCCAACAUUCUCUAUUAUUCCCGGGAGGGAUGUUCUCGACGGGGGCGCACUCGUUACCACCUACAUGGAGGUAUAAUAAUCUAUUUUUGGUUAACCCUAGUACCAGUAAUUCCGGCGACGACGAACCAAUUGACCUCAGUAUGCGAGCGAGCGGCAAUUCGUCGCAAUCCAGAGAAUCACCGGAAAAAGAAGAGAAGGAGAAAGAGCAGAACGAGAAGAACGAUGGAUCGUCUACGGAAGAGACCACGACGUAUCCGCUCGAUCUAACGCGUUCCGCUGGUACGUCCUUAACGGCGAAUUGUUUUUGAAGUUCAUGAAUUGAAUUCCAAAUUAGAUUGAUUUUCUUCGCCGAUUCGAAGUCGUCUUGGUCCGAAGAGACACGUCUAAAGGUCCGUGCGAUUUUUAGAAAGGUAAUUUCGAGAGAGGUUCGAGAGGACAGAUAAUAUUCAUAAUACCUUGUUCCACUGAUGAAACAAAUAGAAAUGAAUAACGUAGCGAAUAUCUGAUGUAUAUAGAACAAUUUUCGCACUGGAAAGACAGCGAUGUGAUGUUGAUUGCAGGGAGAUGCGAGUCGUUUUGACCGCCGAUUAAGGUAGUACCAUCAUGAAAAUGUGUUCAUUUUGUACAUAUAUAGAAUAUUCGAAACGAUUAUAUUGGUGCAGUUAAUUUAAUUUAUUUCAGACUAAUUGAGAUAUACAUGACUCACACAGACAUUUUGAAUCAUUUUAAACAAACCACAUAAAUAAUUAAUUAAUUUUUUCAAAAAUAUUAUAAUAGCUUAUUUACAUGUUCUUAAUAUCAUUUCAGCAACAAAUACAUAAGUUUUAACAAAUACAUUUAGUUUCAAUAUUGAUAGUCACAAGAGUAACUACACGAAUACGCUAUUUUUUUGUUGAUAAAAUAAAAAGAAAGAUUAUAUUUUAUAUAUGAAUCAGAAUGAGCUAAAGUGAGUACAUAUAUUGGCCAGUAAUUAAAAGCUUUAGUAUAUUUAUAUAAAUAUAUCAUACACACGAACCAAUCAUAGAAAUGUACAUACACACACAUAUACAUAGAUAUAAUAUGCAUAUUUAUGGGAUGUUU